UCUCACACACACAAACACAAAAGAAGAUAAUCAUGGUGAGGUCCAGGGUGAAGUUAUCACUCAUACCUGACAAAACAUCAAGGAGAACAACGUUCAAGAAGAGGAAGGGAGGGAUUAUGAAGAAACUCAACGAGCUUGUGACUCUCUGCGGCGUCGAAGCAUGUGCGGUCGUCUACAACGGUCCAAACGAUGCGAACCCGGAGGCUUGGCCGUCAAGGGAAGGUGCUGAAGAGGUGAUUUCCAAGUUUAUGGGGUUCCCGAAGGUGGAACGGGAGAAAAAGAUGUACGACCAAGACAGGUAUACGGGGGAGAGGAUCAUGAAAGAACAAGCGACGCUCGAGAGGGUGAAAGACGAGAACCGAGAGCUCGAACUUAAAGAGAUUAUGUUCGAUCUUCUCAAAGGGAAGAGGAUGAUGGAGCAUCAUUCUAGUGAUGCACGUGUUGUUAAUGAAUUGUGUGAAUUCAUUGACUAUAAUGUCAGUGAGCUAACUAAGAGGAUCCAUUUGCUUCAGGCCAACGGCGGGCCAGUUUCGUUUCCUCCCCUUGAUGUCGGUGCUGCUGUUGGGGAUGUGAACCCUAUUGCUGAUGCAGAUGUUUCUCCCGUAACGAUGCCUUACGGAUUUAAUUUUGAUAAUAUUCAAAACAUGAAUAUGAAUCAACCAGCUCCUGCGUAUCUUAAUGGUCAUAUUCAAAACAUGAAUAUGAAUCAACAAGCUCCUGCUUAUCUUAAUGAUCAUAUUCCAUAUCAGAAUAUGAAUCAGCAAGCGUUGUUUCACAACCAGGUUCCAACUAACUUUUCUGGUCAUGUUCCAUAUCAGAAUAUGAUGAAUUAUCAAGAGCCAAUUCAAAACCAAGUGCCUGAUAAUGUUUAUGAUCAGAAUCAAAAUGGAUUCAAUGGUUUGAACCAGGGUAUGGGUUUGGAUAUGAAUCAUAAUCUGAGUGAGAGUUUCAAUCAGUAUACAAAUCUACAUGAUCAACCGUACCUGAACCAAUUGAUGGCACAAACUCAGCAGAUGAGUUAUGCUGAAGAGCUUGCAAGCCUUGCUGCCAUGGACAACAACAACUAUCAACUACCAAGCACCAGUUACAUGCCGUCCAUGGAUCUUUCUGCUCUUAACACCAACAACAACCCUUGGCCUACUAGGUUUGGUUUGGAGUGA